UUAAACGCAUCACGGUGUCUAGUCAGAGGACCCGAAACUUUGUAGUAAAAAUCCAUCCAGGUAGCGAGAAAGUUGAAGAAAGGUUGUAUUUCAGCUAGCACACCAACGGAAUCACCUGUCGCAUAGCCAGCACAACAUAAAUUGGCAUUGGCACUGCUGCAGGUGUAUCUUUUUCUUCGUUUUUUGGGGCGAAACAAAAGUUAGCUAGCUAACGUUAGCUACAAUGAGCUUCCUCUUUGGCAGCCGCUCGUCAAAGACCUUCAAACCAAAGAAGAACAUCCCGGAGGGUUCGCACCAGUAUGAGCUGCUGAAGCAUGCGGAGGCCACACUGGGCAGCGGCAACCUGCGGCAGGCUGUCAUGCUGCCAGAGGGAGAGGACCUCAACGAAUGGAUCGCAGUCAACACUGUGGACUUCUUCAACCAGAUUAACAUGCUGUAUGGCACCAUCACUGAGUUCUGCACUGAGACCAGCUGUGCAGUGAUGUCUGCCGGGCCAAGGUAUGAGUACCACUGGGCAGAUGGCACAAACAUUAAGAAGCCCAUCAAGUGCUCUGCUCCCAAGUACAUUGACUACUUGAUGACCUGGGUACAGGACCAGCUGGAUGAUGAAACGCUGUUCCCCUCAAAGAUCGGAGUGCCCUUCCCUAAGAACUUCAUGUCUGUGGCGAAGACAAUCUUGAAGCGUCUGUUCCGGGUGUAUGCCCACAUCUACCACCAGCACUUUGACUCUGUCAUGCAGCUCCAGGAAGAGGCCCACCUCAAUACUUCCUUCAAGCAUUUCAUCUUCUUUGUGCAGGAGUUCAACCUGAUCGACCGGCGGGAGCUGGCUCCCCUGCAGGAUCUGAUCGAGAAGCUUGGCUCCAAGGAUCGAUAGAGGGAAUCUUGCUCUGUCUCAUUCACUUCCUCUCUUACACUUUCUUCUUCCUCACUCUCUGUGACAGUCACUUCCUCUGUUUCUUUCUGUCUCAAUCAGUGCCUCUUUGUCACUGUUAGAAGUAUUCUUAGUGGUGCAGAGGAGUCCCGCACCCCCCCGCCCUCCCCAAUCCCCCAUCCCCC